UUUCUCAUUAAUAGAAAUUAUCGGCCACGUCAAGAACGGCCCGCAGCAGGUGAACAAACCAGCGUUCCGGCCGGCGAUCGAUGACGAUCUGGGCGACGAGGAAGUUGUUCAAAUGAUGAAACGAUGCUGGGUGGAAGACCCCAACGAGCGACCCGACUUUCCGGUCCUGAAAGCUACCAUCCGCCGUCUCAACAAAGACAACGAAAGCGGCAACAUAUUGGACAACCUGCUCAGCCGAAUGGAGUUGUACGCCAACAACUUGGAACAACUCGUCGAGGAGCGGACGGCCGAUUAUUUGGAAGAGAAACAACGCUGCGAAGAACUACUCUAUCAACUGCUGCCCAAGCCAGUUGCCAGUCAACUGAUAGCCGGGCAGUCGGUCCUGGCGGAGACUUUCGAUAAUGUCACCAUCUACUUCUCAGAUAUCGUCGGCUUCACGGCUCUCUCGGCCGAAUCCGCCCCCCUCCAAGUAGUGGAUCUUCUGAACGAUCUCUACACUUGCUUUGAUUCCAUCAUUGAAAACUUUGAUGUCUACAAGGUGGAAACGAUCGGCGAUGCGUACAUGGUCGUUUCUGGGCUGCCGGUUAGGAAUGGCAACUUGCACGCCCGUGAAAUCGCCCGGAUGUCGUUGAGACUUUUACAAGCCGUCGGCCACUUUCGCAUAAGGCACCGACCCAACGACCAGCUGAAACUGCGCAUCGGCCUCCAUUCGGGCCCGGUUGUCGCCGGCGUCGUCGGUUUGAAAAUGCCGCGCUAUUGUCUUUUUGGCGACACUGUCAACACGGCCUCUCGGAUGGAAUCCCACGGGCUCGCGUUGAAGAUCCACGUCAGCCCAGCCACCAAAGCUCUCCUGGAUUCUUUCGGCACUUUCCGGCUAGAGUUGCGGGGUGAUAUUGAAAUGAAGGGCAAAGGCAUUGUGACAACGCACUGGCUGCAGGGCGAAACCACUGACUUGCCACCGGCCGCUAAUAUUACCAGCACGAUGACUGCCAAUUCGACGGUCACCUCCUCCGCCAAAAUCUAGCCUGUUUCACAAUUGCCGUUUGAUAUCGAAAGUGUGGCAUUAUGAUUUCCUUUUUUUAUUUUUUUAGAAAAACCCGAUCAUUCCCUUUCGCCUACACUUGAAUUCUUUCACCUCAUCUCCUAUAUUUAUUGUAUAAUCCCGACCCCAUAUUCCCGCUGUCUCGACCUGAUAUAACAAACAAACCUCUCCGCCCUCCUCCGCCCUCCUCCUCCACCCCACUAAUUAACCGAAAACAAAAAGUUGUGUUGUGAUGCGGAUCGUAUUUAUAUUCUAGUCAAGACAUUCACAAACACAUCACAGAUCUCUUGUCGAUGUAAACGGAUGUGUAUUUUCCAAUUGGUUCGACAUCAUAUAUUAUUACUAUAAUUAUUAUUACAUGGUUAUUAUACGCUGUCUCUUUGAAAA